UUAGGAAACCUGAGCAAACUGAGGCCUUUUAUCUCUUGGCUCAGAUCAGAGGGUUUGCUAUAAAAGCCAGAGCUGCCUCCCAGACUCCCUGCUCCACCGGUCCAGAGACCCGCCGUUCAGCAUGAAGCCUCUCCUCCUCUUGACACUGCUCGGAUGUCUUGCCGCUGCGCUCGCGGCUCCUCCUCAGAAGGUGAAGUGGUGCGUAAAGUCGGACCAAGAACUCAGAAAAUGUACUGAUCUGGCGGCGGCAUCUCCCGCCUUCUCCUGCGUGAAAAAAGAAAGCACCCUUGACUGCAUCAUUGCAAUUAGGGCUGGUGAAGCAGAUGCCAUCACCGUGGAUGGAGGAGACGUUUACACUGCUGGUUUGAACAACUACGACCUGCAACCCAUCAUUGCAGAGGACUACGGCACCUCUUCAGAAACCUGCUACUACGCUGUUGCCGUUGUCAAGAAGGGAUCCGGAUUUGGCAUCAGAGAUCUCAGAGGGAAGAAAUCCUGCCACACUGGAUUGGGAAAAUCUGCCGGCUGGAACAUUCCCAUUGGAACUCUGGUGUCCAUGGGCAUCAUUCAGUGGGCUGGCAUUGAAGAUAAACCAGUGGAGGAGGAGGUGAGCACCUUCUUUCAGGCCAGCUGUGUCCCGGGGGCAACACGGGGGUCCAAGCUUUGUGAGCUCUGCAAAGGAGACUGCUCAAGAUCCCAGAAGGAGCCUUACUAUGACUACAGCGGAGCCUUCAACUGUCUGGCUGAAGGUGCUGGAGAAGUGGCUUUUGUGAAACACCUCACUGUACCUGAUCAAGAGAAGUCCAAAUAUGAGCUCCUGUGCCGGGAUAACACCAGAGCGCCAAUCGAUGACUACAAGAAAUGCCACCUGGCCAAAGUUCCCGCUCAUGCUGUUGUCACCCGCAAGGACCCACAGCUGGCUGAGUUAAUCUGGACUAGUGUCAACUCAGUGCAGAACUUCAACCUCUUCUCCUCUGAAGCCUACGCUCCUGCCAAGAAUCUGAUGUUCAAAGAUUCAACCCAGAGGCUGGUGAAGCUGCCCCCAAACACAGACUCCUUCCUCUACCUGGGUGCUCAAUACAUGAGCACCAUCCGCUCUCUCAAAAAAGAGCAGGCCCCUGGCACCGCCUCCAACGCCAUUAAAUGGUGUGCCGUGGGCCACGCCGAGACCGCGAAGUGUGACACCUGGAGCAUCAACAGCGUGACUGAUGACACCACCAGCAUUGAAUGCCAGAACGCCCCCACAGUCGAUGAAUGCUUGAAGAAAAUUAUGCGCAAAGAAGCUGACGCAAUGGCGGUGGAUGGAGGAGAGGUGUACACAGCCGGAAAGUGUGGUCUGGUCCCAGUCAUGGUGGAGCAGUACGACGCAGAGCAGUGCAGCUCCUCCGGAGGCCAAGCUUCCUCAUACUAUGCUGUGGCUGUGGUUAAGAAAGACUCUGGAGUGACAUGGGAAAACCUUAAAGGAAAGAGGUCUUGCCACACUGGCAUGGGCAGAACUGCUGGGUGGAACAUCCCCAUGGGUCGCAUCUAUGAGCAGACUAAAGAGUGCGAUUUCACAAAGUUCUUCAGCAGUGGCUGUGCCCCCGGAGCCGAACCCACCUCUCCAUUCUGCACUAACUGCAAAGGCAGCGGCAAGGCCGUUGGAGAUGAGGACAAGUGCAAAGCCAAGGCCGAAGAGCAGUACUAUGGUUAUGCUGGAGCCUUUAGGUGCCUGGCUGAGGGAGCAGGCGAUGUUGCCUUCGUCAAGCACACAAUUGUUGGUGAAAACACCGAUGGUAACGGUCCCGAAUGGGCUCGCACCCUGAAAUCUGACGACUACCAGCUGAUCUGCCCUGGAAAGGCUCCAAUGGCAAUCUCUGAAUUUGCUAAUUGUCAUUUGGCGGUUGUGCCUGCACACGCAGUAGUGACCCGUCCAGAGAGCCGCAGUGAUGUCGUGCGCAUCCUCCAGGUUCAGCAGACUUUCUUUGGAGCCAGUGGGAGCGAUCCUUCCUUCAAGCUUUUCCAAUCACAGAAUGGAAACAACCUCCUCUUCAAGGACUCCACCAAGUGUCUCCAGGAGGUUUCUGCUGGAAAGAGCUUCGAUCAGUUUUUGGGAGCCGAGUAUAUGGAGGCCAUGAACUCCCUCAGACAAUGCAGUGACUCAACUUCAGAUCUGGAGAAAUCUUGCACUUUCCACUCUUGCCAGCAGGCCUAAAGGCAGUGCAACCGGUGCGGAUCGUCACUUACCAACACUUCCAACAUUUUAAAGCCUAAUCAAAUCAGGGUUUAUGCUUCAACUGGAUCUAUUUUCACGAGUGCAGACGACUUAGAUAGACCACAUUCUUCAAAUCAAUAUAACCAUUCACCUCUGAAUGCAGUUACUCUAAUGCUGCUUGAAACAAAUUUUUUUCACUUUCCCAAUGAGAUCAAUGCAGAAGUCUGUAACAUUCCUCAAAUAAAGAGUUUUUACUACUA